AUGACAGGAGAAGGUCUCCGUCAAGAACAGGACCACAAUGGUAAUGAUCCCAACAAAUUUUGCAGGUUCUACAUUGGUGCAGAUGGCCCUGAUACCAAUAGCUCAGAGGAAGCUAAGAAUUUAUGGGAUCAAAUCAAGAAUGAUUUUCCAUUUUUUCCUGACCUCCAUCAUAUUUUCGCUGCUCGUCCGAACAUCACCCCAAUUGCAAUUACGACUGGAGUUGGUCCUCAUGGCAAGAAGACCCUUCACAUGCAGCCUCUGAGUGAUGAUGAAGAUGACAUCAUUUUCACGGCUUUGCAAGUAAGCCAGAUCCGGACUCUCCAAGAUGCUCUGAACCUUGCUGGCACUACUCAUCAUAAAGUUUCCCCUUCCUUUGAGACUGCUGAUGAUAAAGAAAACACUCCUAUGUUUUGCAACCCAGUUUCUUUACAGACACCCAUUGGGAAGAAGCCUCCAAAGCCAUCCUUGCUCUUGCUGUUGCAGGAUAGCAUUGCAAAGGCGAAGGGAUGCAUUCAGAAGCUCACACCGAAGUGUUCACUCAAUGACAUGCUCUUCGACAUUCAGAAGGCAAAUCUUGAUGCUGUCAAUGCCCGUGCUUGUGACGAGAUGAAGCUGAAGAAGAGGCAGUGUUUGUUGGAGGAGUUCAAAGCUGGGAUCUGGGACGCUGUAAGGAGCGAAUUCCACUAUGACCUUAGCGCAAUAACAGCUGAUUUGAGUAGUGAGCCUAUAGUGUUCAGUUCGACCCAGGGGAAGCAGAACAAAGCAAACCAAAUUGCUGCCUCAGUAUAA